AUGGUCAUCAAAUCGCGCUGGACGGCUCCCAUACCGCGCUGUUCUCUUCAGCAAUGGAUCUUCGAGUCCUCCAGAAGUCCGCUUCCGGACAAGAAGCAAUUCCUCGACGCCGAUGACCCCGAGAAUAACUACAUCACUCUCUCCGAGUAUCGGCUGUUGUCGAAGCGUGUUGCACUGGGCCUCAUAGAAGCAGGUCUGAAGCCUGGUGACCGCGUGCUCGUCUUCUCCGGCAACAACAUCUACUUCCCGUCGGUCUUUCUCGGCAUCUUGAUGGCCGGGGGCAUCUUCACGGGUGCCAACCCCACAUUCGUGCCCCGGGAGCUGGCGUACCAGCUCGACAAUUCGCAGGCUACCUUCAUGAUUACGGCUGCUGCUGCUCUGGACACGGCCCUCGAGGCCGCUCAGCAGGUGGGCUUGCCACGGUCCAGCGUCUUCAUCUUUGACAAGCCUUCCGAGGUGCGCUCCGCCAAGCCCGGCCCAGGUGUGAACGGCAGGAAGAACGGCGCGAGGCACUGGACCGAGCUCUUGGCCGGCGACCCCGGCCGGGCCGAGUCCUGGGACUGGGUCGAGCCCGCCGACCCGGCCAACACGACGUGCUGCCUCAACUACAGCAGCGGCACCACGGGCGUGCCCAAGGGCGUCGAGGUCAGCCACUACUCGUACGUCGCCAACGGCGCGCAGGUGGUCGCGCUGCGCAACCUGGACCCGCAGGGGCGCGGCGUGCACGAAGGGUCCCGCCUCCUCUGCUUCCUGCCCCUCUACCACGCCUACGGGCAGACCUACUUCAUCGCCAACUUUGCGCGCAUGCAGCUGCCCGUCUACGUCAUGCCCUCGUUCGACUUUGAGAGGAUGCUGCGCCACGUGCAGACGUACCGCAUCACGUCGCUGGCCGCGGUGCCGCCCAUCGUCGUGGCGCUGGCCAAGCACCCGCUCGCGCGCAAGUACGACCUCAGCAGCCUCGAGGCCAUCGGGUCCGGCGCCGCGCCGCUCAUGCGCGAGGUCGCGCAGGAGGUCGAGAAGAUGCUCUGGCCCGCCGGGGAGACGGUCAUCCACCAGGGCUGGGGCAUGACCGAGGUGACGUGCACGUGCAUGGCGUGGGACCCGACGCAGCCGGCGGCCAAGACGGGCAGCUCGGCGGUCGGGGAGCUGCUGCCCAACUGCGCGGCGCGCAUCGUCGAGGUCGGCACGGGCACCGAUCCCGAGACGAACCCGGCCGUCGAGAUCCGCGAGCCGCGCCGUCCCGGCGAGCUGUGGGUCACGGGCCCGACGCUGAUGCGCGGGUACUGGCGCAACCCCAAGGCGACGGCCGAGACGGUCGUCGUCGACGCCGCCGACGGCACGCGGUGGCUGCGCACGGGCGACGUCGCGUUCGUGGAGCAGUACCGGCCCGGCACGCUGUUCCACAUCGUCGACCGGCUCAAGGAGCUGAUCAAGGUCAAGGGCAACCAGGUGGCGCCCGCCGAGCUCGAGGGCGUGCUGCUGGACCGGCGCGACGUGGCCGACGCGGCCGUCGUCGGCGUCACGAUCAAGGGCGAGGAGGUGCCCCGGGCGUACGUCGUGCGGGCGGCCGGGUCGCGGGUGUCGGAGCAGGAGAUCGCGCAGUGGUUUGCGGGACGGGUGGCGCGGUACAAGCAGCUCCGGGGCGGGGUCAAGUUCGUCGAGGCGAUUCCCAAGAACCCGUCCGGUAAGAUACUUCGCAAGAUCCUACGGGACCAGGCGCAGAAGGAGGUCGGGGACAGGCCUCCGCAGGCGUCGAGGCUCUCUUGA